GAGAGGUAAGUACUACAGUAUUUUGCUUUUUGGUUGUAGCUAUUUUAAGUCUUAUGUAAUAACUUAAUUUUCUUUCUUGUUAAAAUAGCGACGUCGAUAUAUCAAUUCCAAACUGGGGAGAGAAAUACAUGAAAGAGCGCGAAAAUGAAGAAAGGAGGGAUGCUUGUGUUUCUGACAAUAUUGAGCUAAAAUUUCAAGAAAUGGAAUAUAAGGAGAUAGUAAAUAUUCAGAAGAAUACUAGUGAUGGAGAUAAUGGGGAGAAAAAGGUUGCCUCCAUCAAAAUUGAUAAAAUAAAGAGCGGUAUGACAGAAAAUAACGAAGUCAGAGUAGAGAUCCUCACAUCAACUGGGAACAAAGAUGAAGUUGACAGUGAUGCAUCAACAAGUGAGACAGGAUUAAUACAACCAAUUUCGGGAAGUAUCAACAUGCUUGCAGCUGUUGAAGAAAGAUGUGAAGAAUCUGUAGCAAGUGAUGUUUCAACAUGUUUUAAAGAUGAUGAAGAUGACAUUUGUCCUUCAUCGGAUGAUGACGAUUCGAAUGAAUCGUUUGAAAUUGAAGAUGAUGAAAUGGUCAUUCCAGACAACAGUGCAGAAGAUAUAAUGAUUGAUACCAGUCAAUCAAAUGAAAGUACAGGAAAUGAUGAAGAACUUACAGUGAACAUCAAAGAAGGCAAAAUUGAAAAACAUUGUUUACAAGCGAACAACAUUUCUAUCUCUUCUAAUAAUGAUGAUGGUGACAAAUGUCCUUUAUCGAAUGAUGACGAUUUGGAUAAAUCGUUUGAAAUUGAAGAUGAUGAAAUGGUCAUUCCAGACAACAGUGCGGAAGAUAAAAAAAUUGACAUCUGUCAAUCAAAUGAAAGUAAAUAUUUUAGAAUUAGCUACUAUGAACAACCAAACCUUCAUGUUCUUACUUAAACAAUUAAUCUUACAUUAAGAUUUAAACGAAUUCCAUGAAUUACAGAUAGAAAUGUUAUUUUAUAGGAAAACUUACGGUAAACAUCAAAGAAGAUAAAACUGAAAACCAAAGUUUAUAUUCUUCUAAAAAUAAUGAAGGCGACAAAUGUCCUUUAUUGAAUGAUGACAAUUUCGAUAAAUCGUUUGAAAUUAAGAAAGAUAAAAUGAUCAUUCCAGACAAAAGCGUAAAAGAUAUAGUGAUUGACAACUGCCAAUCAAAAAAGGGUAAGAAACGUCUUGAAAAAACGUCUUGAAAACUCUAUAAUA